UCUGUCUCAUGGUAGUCUCGUACAAGUAAGAAAUUUGAGCCUUUGAUCGAAUGACAACGUGUUUGUUGUGAAAAUUUAGAUACAAAGGAUUAUGUCAAUGCUUACACAAAGACUCUGUCGAUUUCUGUGUAGAUCAAAAGUUAACAUACAGUACCCAUUAAGAUAUGCAAGUAAUAGCUCUGUAGCAUUUAAGAAGUUACUGGAUGAUCAACUGGAUGGUAUCAAAGAAGCAGGAACAUGGAAGACAGAGAGAAUCAUCACCACAAAACAGGCACCUGMAGUUGGUAUAGAAGGCACACAUGAUGAAAUUUUAAAUUUCUGUGCAAACAAUUACUUGGGCUUAUCAUCUCAUCCAGAUGUCAUUCAGGCAGGAAAAGAUGCUUUAGACACACACGGUAAUGGUCUUAGCUCUGUUAGGUUUAUUUGUGGAACACAGGAUAUUCACAAGCAGCUAGAGAGUAAGAUUGCCCAAUUUCAUGGAAUGGAGGAUGCCAUUCUUUACGCAUGCUGUUUUGAUGCYAAUACUGGUUUGUUUGAAACCAUAUUGACACCUGAAGAUGCCGUUUUCAGUGACGCAACCAAUCAUGCAUCUAUUAUUGAUGGCAUCAGACUCUGCAAAGCAAAAAARUUUMGAUACGAACAUGUCGACAUGAAGGAUCUAGAAGCAAAGCUGCAAGAGGCAGAGGGAUCAAGACUAAAGCUGAUUGUGACUGAUGGAGUAUUUAGUAUGGAUGGCACAGUUGCACCACUAGAUGAGAUUUGUGACUUGGCUGAUAAAUAUGGUGCUUUGACAUUUAUUGAUGAAUGCCAUGCAACUGGAUUUUUUGGAAAAACUGGCAGAGGAUCUGAUGAAUACAUGGGUGUGAAAGGUCGUAUUGACAUCAUCAACUCUACUCUUGGAAAAGCCCUUGGGGGUGCUGCAGGGGGAUAUACAACAGGGCCAAAGGAGUUGAUUCAGCUUCUUCGGCAAAAGUCUCGCCCCUACUUAUACUCGAAUACACUCCCUCCCUCUGUYGUCGGAAGUGCAAGCAAGGUAUUUGACCUGUUGAUGGCUGGAACACCUCUACUAAACACUAUCAUGGAUAACACUAAACUGUUCAGAACUA